AUGGCAGAUGAUGAGCACGAAGUCGUAGAGCGUCAAGUAGGCAAAGGAUUCGAGGCCCGCUUCGAUCUCGACGAUGCAUUCUCGGACGGUGAGGAUGCUGAUUAUAACCUCGAGUUCAGCUCCGCAGCUAUCAAGAAACAUCUCGCCGAGAACCCCAGUUGGGCCGGACAUAAUGACCGGGAAGAUGACGGAGAGACAGAGAAUAGCUCCGCGCGCGACCAUGACACGUCGAUGUCAACGUUUUGUCUCGAUGGGAGCUCAAAUUCAUACUCAGAGUCUAGAUCUUCUUCCUCGUCGCCACCACCGCCGACUGCGGAAGAGCAACCUGACGAGCAAGAGGUUCCUCAGGACUUCUCUGAUAUCACACUCUCAGAAGAACCGAGCACAAACGGACACUCGACUAGCCAUGGAGAUACCCAAGAGGGGGAUGCCUCCCCUCUACGGGAUACCUCCCCUCCGUGGGAUACUUCAUAUCCCGCCGUUCACAUCGACGCCAGUAGAUCACCGCCAAGUCGCGUAAUGAUGAGUGCGGGCGCAGAGAGAAAUGGCAAGGAUCACCAGGAAGACGAGGCGGCGAAUCCGGUCUCGAAUGCAUCUUCUUCCUACCUCCCUGCACCUGGUCAUGAUAUUCCACCACUACCUUCCUCCCCAUCUUCCCCGUUACCCCAAACCCUAACAACCCCAACCAUCAUAAGUCAGAGAAGACAAACAUACUCAGCGGGACCGAGUGCCUUCCAGAGAGUAAUGAGCCAGACACGCCCUCAUUUCCUGCCUCCGAAGAACCGUCAAGAAGACCAGAAACAUAUGGCGGACUGGCAGGCCAUGAUGAAACAAAGUCGCGCUGCAGAGGAAAAACGGCGGAAAGCACUACAAGAACGACGUUUAGCUCGCGAGCUCAAGGUCGAGCAGUUCAUGUACAAAUGGGAGAAGGAGAUACUCCCUGAUUGGCGAGUCGUUCAUAAGAAUCCCAAUCUCCGCAGACUUUGGUGGAACGGUAUACCUACGAAACUACGCGCUUCUAUGUGGCAGCAAGCUGUUGGUAACGCACUCGCUCUGAGUAAUGGUAGGCAUAUGCACAUCUUUCUCAGUGCGGUAGCCUUCAUUGUAUUUCAAGAUAACUACAGGAGCUGUCUCAGUCGAGCCACUCGCGCACUCUCGUCCGGCUCAUUUCCUGCCGAAACACUACAGGCUGUCGAGCAAGACAUCUUGUCCACCCUUCCCGCCUUGCACAUCUUCCACCCCGAAACUGGGCCACUCUACCAAGACCUCAGGGAUAUGUUAUGCGCAUGGGUUGUCUCUCGUGCAGAUGAGGGUUUGGGAUAUGUGCACGGGACCGCCAAAAUCGCCGGGAUGAUAUUACUCAACAUGAAGCCACAGCAAGGCUUCAUAGUAAUGAGAAAUCUCCUGGAGAGACAUUGCAUGAGGUCAUUAUAUGGCAGCGUUGCUGCUAAGGAUGACGUUGAAGCCUACUAUCGGAUAUUCGACACCCUCUUAGCUGACUGCAUGCCAAAAAUAUACUUUAAUUUCAAGCAGCACCAGAUAUCACCCGGUGCAUAUCUCCCUGACUGGCUUAUCCCACUAUUCUUGGACCACCUGCCCUUCGAAGCAUGCGCACGCCUGUGGGACGUUCUCCUACUAGAAGGGGAUUCUUUUCUUUUUCGCGCUGCUCUCGCUGUUCUUGCGGUCCUUGAACCACGACUAUUCUUCCCCGACCGACAAGAACUUCUAGACCUCCUCCGAGGUGAAAAUAAGGCUGCGCUAGAAGUAGCCAAACGGGAGGGGCGUCUACUGGAUAGUGCAAAAUAUGACAUCUACGGCGUGGACGAAGAGACGCUUUGGGAACGCAUUGAUAGUAUGGAAGACUGGUGGAAGGAAUCUACGUGGAGACGUCUGACACAGCGAGAACUGCCAGAUUUGUAG